AAAAAAAUGAAAAUAUAACGUACGCGCGCGCGCAUGAUUUAUCGAGCCGACAUUUGUUUCUUAAUCAUCUUUCUUGAGUGAGAGUUGAGAAUGAUGAAUCUCCAGUUUGUCGCCUUACUCACUGAGCUAGCAGGUGACAGUAUGACAUUAUGACGAGAAGAAUCUGCAAUUUCAAACAACGGCAUAAACUAUAACCUCUCGCCCUGCUCGCCACUAAAAAUGGAGUCAGGUGAAAGGCCUUCAUCGUCAAGGAGAAGUGUCCCCUUUCCAACUAGUAGAAAAGCCACAUUCAGUGGAUAUGGCGAAGAGACACGCCCAGUUACCAAUCACAAGAAGAAACGAAAAAAGCGACCUAUAUCCAUCAAUGUCACCGGCACAAAAUAUGAAGUCGUGCGGAAAGUUGCAGAGAAGUAUGGGGCGUUGACAGACAGAGAGGAUGACCCCAACUGCUUCUUGUUCUGGAAUGAUACAGCAAUUCCACCUGAAAGAAUAGGAGAAUUGAAGUCAUAUCAGAGAAUUAAUCACUUUGCUGGAAUGGGGGAAAUAUGUCGAAAAGACUGUCUUGCCAGAAAUAUGACCAAGAUGGUCAAGAAACAUCCUGAAGAAUUCAGUUUCGUUCCCAGAACCUGGAUCUUUCCAGCAGAGUACUCAAGUUUUCAAAACUACGUUCAUGAUCUCAGGAGAAGAAAGAAGACAAGGACUUUCAUUGUUAAACCUGCGAACGGUUCCAUGGGCCAGGGGAUCACGUUAUACAGGAAUGGAGAACGCAUACCAGCUCAAGAUCACAUGAUAGUACAGGAAUAUGUAGACAAACCUUUCCUUCUUGAAGGAUUCAAGUUUGACCUUCGCGUCUACGUCCUGGUGACGUCAUGCGAUCCUUUGAGAAUAUUCCUCUAUCCGGAUGGCUUGGUCCGUAUGGGAACGGAGCAAUACUUGCAACCUACUGAUAACAAUGUGGAUCAACUGUACAUGCAUCUCACCAACUACUCAAUCAACAAGAAGAAUGCCAACUUUCAGCGUAGUUCUGACGUGAGUACGGGAAGCAAACGCUCCAUCUCCUACCUGACUGACUACCUGAGACGAAAAGACUACGAUGUCAAUACUAUGUGGAAGAACAUUGCGGAUGUGUUAGUGAAAACCAUCAUCGUGGCUGAACCCCAUGUACUUCAUGCAUAUCGGAACUGUCGACCUGGAGGAAAUACCACCAAUGACAGUGUGUGUUUUGAAAUCCUAGGCUUUGAUGUUCUACUGGAUAGGAAACUUAACCCUUGGGUGCUUGAGGUCAACCGAGCACCAAGCUUUGGAACAGAUGAACAGAUUGAUCUGGACAUCAAGAGUGGUCUGUUGACAGAUUCAUUCCGGCUCAUCAAUAUGAGAACCUCAGAUAAAAGAAAGGGUAUGGCAGCCCAGAAAGCUGAAUCACAGAAGAGAUUACUCAGACCAACUAAACGACUCUCAACAGAACAUAAUGAGUUGGAAAAGAGGAGACUAGACAUAGAGCAGCGGAAGGCGGAGAUCAGGGUCAAGUUGACGCAGGUUCGACGAGAGAAUGCACGGGAGGAUUAUGAAAAUCGCAACAUGGGACGUUUCCGUCGUAUCUACCCACCUCACGAUAGAAUGCUAAAAGAGAAGUAUGAUAGAUUGAUAGAUGAUGCCUUUGAGAUCUUUCUAUCCGGUAGAGCUGCUACUAUACAAAGGGAUGCGUAUCAACUACUCUCUGGUCAAAUACAGGAGGAUGAGUUACUGGACAUGUUACAGCAGUGUGAUUUAUCAGAUUGUGAGAGGGAGGGCAGUGCCAAGGUGUUCAGGGGACCAAAGCCUCUGUCAUCCAUGCCAACGGUGGUCAAUCAUGUUGAGGAAGAGGACGACGAUGAUGAGGAUGACGAUGAGGAAUCCGAGAUCUCACCAUCUAGUACUCCAUCCUCCUCCACUAACACCAUCGAUGCAACAGCACCGGAGGAUCAUGUCAGACCUCAUGCGCCACCACCUAGGACGUCCCGCCCCCCUACACACCCCUCUCCUCACCCCUUGCCAAGCCCAAUCAGUCCAGGGGUCGGUGGUAGGGCCAGACCGCAAUCUGCUCAAAGACCAGGCUCAGCAAGACCACUGUCAGCAUCCAACAACAUCCGUAGUCUAUCAUCGUCUCAGAGAUCGAGAUCUCUGACACGUCCUAGGUCUUCAACCAAUAGAAUAACAACAGGGUCAAUGGAUGAUCUAUCCGCUGCUAUCAGGGAUAAACAAGAUGAGAUUAUCAAGAAGAUGAUAGCCUCCUUAAAGGAAAUGAAAAUUAAAUUCCCAGGAAAAACAGAUGAUGAAGCCACAAUGAUACUAGAUAAGAUACAUGACAACUGGAAGUAUCACAAACCAAGGAUAGCAUCAUAUUGGCUUGUCAAACUAGAUUCUAUCAAGCGUCGUAAGGUGAUUGACAUCGUUCGUUCCAACGUGAAGGCUCUCAUCCAACGUAUCUGGCGUUGUUCUGAGAUAGAGAACAUCCGUCUCUAUCGUAUCUUAAGCAAGGUCUUUAAUAGGCUCCUAUGGAGUCACGGACAAGGGUUGUGGAAUUGCUUCUCAUCUUCAGGGAGUUCUUGGGAGACAAUCUUCAGCAAGAGUACGGAGGCAAUAACAGGACUGGAGAUGAUCUGCUGUAGAAGGGUUGUUGAGUUAUGUCAGGAUUGUCUUCUUAUCGUCUAUCAGUUUGCUGCGGAUACCAAGACUACUAACAGUGGAGGGUACUCUGAUUCCAGAAACCAUCAUAGAACUCAGUCCUCAUUGGGACCACCUACGAAGAUUGGAUCCUGGAACAGUGCUAGUCCUACAGCUAUGGUACCAAUAAGUCAACGCAUGUCCCGUCUCUAUCCUACAAACUCGCUAGAAAAACUCUAGAACCAUGGAUUUUGUGAGAGUGCAUGUUAUACUUCUGUAGGACCAGUCAUUGAGCACAUGUCAUGACUCUAUUAUUCAAAUUCACUAGAGUAUUCUCUAGGACCAAUGAUGGUUGACAGUUCUUAUCCUAUCUUAGGAAGGUGUCAGCGUAAGUGUCAUAUCUAUCCUACAAACUUGCUUCAGAAACUCUAUAACCAUGUGUUGUGUAAGUGCUAGUCCUAGAGCUGUUGGACAAAUCAUUGAGCAUAUGUCAUGACUCUAUCCUUCAAAUUCACAGGAGUAUCUCUCGGACCAUUGAUGGAUGAGGGUUCGAGUCCUGCAGCUAUUGUAUGAAUUUAUCAGCAUAAGUAACAUCUCUGUCCUACAAAACUUGCUACAGAAACUCUAUAACCAUUUGAUGUAUGAGCGCUAGUUCUAGAGCCGAGCUGUUACCAAUGAAUCAAGGUAUCAUGUGUUCUCUAUCCUACAAACUCACAAGAGAAACUCUAGAACCACUGGUCAUAUGAGAGUGCUUGUCCUCUAGCUGUGGGUACCAAUCAGUCAGGGCAAGUCAUGUCUCCAACAAACUCAACAGAGAAACUGUAGGACCAUGCAUCGUAUUUGUAUAAGAGUACUAGUCCUAUGGUACCGAGCAGUCAGUGUAAGACAUGUCUCUGUCCUACAAACUCACUUGAGAAAAUCUAAGACCAUGGAUCAUACGUGAGUAGUGGUGCUGCUGCUAUUGAACCAACCAGUUAGCAUUAGCCAUGUCACGUCCUGCAAUCUCACACGAGGUACUGGAGAAUGGCUGAUUGUAUGAUAAUGCCCUUCCUACAACUACAAGACCGGGCAUCAAGCAUAUGUAUUUCUUGCAUUCAUGAAGGCUGUCAAUAUGUAGAGCUAAAUACAGUAGGUUUUGGACCAUAAUAGGGGUUGACAAAAUUUGUGAUGGUUGAUGGGUUACCAAGCCUGCAGGCAGUGUAGCAGCAGGUACAUAUCCAGCAUCAGAUCCUACAAAGCAUUUUAUGGGCCCAAUUGUCUGUGGACAAAAGUGACUCUAUGAUGCUUGUGCAUGGGCCCAUACAUUGCUUUGUCAUAGUUGAUGCUGGAUACGCUAGUAAGGAGGGAGCGUGAUUCAGUUGUUUCUAAUAUGAAAUUAUUUGAAUUUUUUUCCUUUUGUUCCUGAUGAUAUUGUCAUGAUGAAAGACUGUUUCACUUUGAAGCAAUAGUACUAAAUCUGGUAUACUCUACCUCUAUGAAAAUCUCAAUAAUCUGCAUUAUAAAGAAGAUUCAAGGAUGCAGCCAAGAGUGAAUGUGUAUGCAAGUCACAUGCUGGUGGGAUAAUUUACCCAAAUAUCCAGCUGUGCUUUUAUAAUCCAUCUCUUCACCUCUGGCGCAAAAAAAACUGAGAUGUCGUGAAAACAGCCUAUUUCAAAGACACAUAUGGCAAGGAUUUGUAUUUUGUGGCUCAGCCUUGUGUUGUAAAUGUGGGAAAUUAUUUGAAAAAGUUUGUCUGUUUGAUUCAAGAAUGCGAAGGUACGUGUAGGCUGAAUAUUUAACAAGCUGUAUCAAUUAUUUUUUAUUCAUGAUAUAAAACAUGUUUGUCUAAUAGAAUGAAAAUAUUUGAAUUGGAUUAUUUCAAAGGCCCAUGUCAACCAUGGUGAAAUGUCAUUUACAUGUAUAAAUAUAAUAGAAAAAUAAGAUGUAAAGGCGUAAAUGCAUUAUUAUGACACAAAUGGACAUGAAAUAUUUGAUGUUAUCUGGGGAGCGUUGCAUGAAAGGACUUGUCGGACGUUUUAUCCGACAAGUCCUAUUUUAUCCGACAGUUACUAUAGUAACAGUGCUUCUCAACCAAUCAGAAUCCAGGAAAGUUGUCAGAUCUGACAACUUGUCGGACGAAAAUAUUGAUGAAACGCCCCCCUGAAGUUCUGUAUAAAGUAUUGCCACUUAGAUGUCUAAAAGAGUAAAUAAUUUGCUAGAAAUUACCCAAGGUGUAAAUUUCUGUUAUUAGAUAUGAAAUAUAUUGCUGUAUACUUGUAAAUAGUUUUCAGAGUUUAUGUGAACUGUCAAUCUUUAUGCGUACAUUACAUCAUAUAUUAAUUAUGUUGUAGAUUAAAGAUCUUUUUAAAAAUCCUUUGUACUUUUGUAAAUAUGUGAGCUUUUUAGGAUACCAUAUUUGCCUAUCUAUCUAAACUAUGCAAUAUAUUAGAUAUGAAAAAUUAGAUAUAGAAUAUUACAGUAAUAAAGAUUGUUCUUUUUGUGUACGUGUUUCAGGGUUGAAUUGAUUUCAGAUAUAGACUGACGAAUUCAAGUUCUUUAUGCAUUACAGAUAUAUGCCUAUAUAAUUAUGGAACAAUCCAAAUGGGUGGUUUUAAAUUCAAUGUUUGUUAUGCAGUUAAUAUGCUUAAACAGGGAUUGAGUAAAUUUAUGUAAACAGGCCUUUUUUAAUUUAACGUGUACUGAAUAUAUUGAAAGCAAUGCACAUCUCAUUAAAUUUCUGUUCUUUUAUACAUAUUUUAAGCAAUAGUUUUUAUUCAAUAAUAAUAAUAACAAUUAUGUUCACACAUAGUGGCUUAUUCUACAGAUUUUUUAAAUAUAUUCUUUUACCAUUUUAUACAUCUGUCCAUUUUGUCAGAUUUUAAAAAGAAUAGUGCUAAUUCUUUGUCUCUCACUUUUUUUUUUCAAUGGAUGUCCCCAUGCCAAAGGUUAAAGGGUUUUGCAGUUUUGGAAAUUUGUUAUCAUAUGCCCAUUGUAAAAAAUAGAAUUCUAUCAGUUAUAUAAUUUUUAAAAGGAGUGGAUUUUUUUAUGUGAAGAAUUAAUGGAAGUUUAAGGGUUUUAAUCUUAAAGAGGGAUUUUCAUCAUGAAAUGAAUAUAAAUUAAUGAAAAUAUGAUGUAUGAAUUGAUGGAAGUUUAAGGGUCUCAGUUUUAAAAGAUGGAUUUUCAUCAUGAAAUAAAUAUAAAUUAAUAAAAAUCUGAUUUAUCAUAAAAAAAUAAGUGGCUGAAUAUAUAGAUAAACUGUUUCAUAGUUUCUAAACUUUCUAUUCUGAAAAUGGAUUCUAUUUAUCAUGCAUUGGGCUUAUUAUAGGUAUUGGUAAUAUUAGUAAGUUCUAUAUUCAUAUCUAUUUGUAAAUCAGGGAAAGAUGUGUGUUAAAUGUAUAACUUUUUUUUUAUAGAAUUGGUUUAAUUUGCAGUGUAAAGGCUCAUUCAAAUAUGAUGCUUCAUAAUGGAACAGCCACAUAAGCACAGCUGACUCCGAAUCAACCUAUGGUAUGCUGUUCAACAUAAUGUAAUAACUUUGAUUGGUUUGGAGUCUGUUUUGUUGAUGCGACUCAUAACUCAUCAACAGUGUUCAUGGUGUUCAGAGAUAUUGAAACAAAUCACCACACUAACGUUCAUUGCCUCCAAUU